GCCUCGCGUGGACCAGACGCGUUGCACUCGAUCCACAUUGGCGUGCUGACACUGACAGCAUCUGUGCUUCAUCUUCGUGGACCAGACAUUGUCAAGCAGCCCCUUGAACAAGACCAUGGAGUCCUCCUCUGGAAUGGAGAGAUCUGGCAUGUUCAUGGAACGACACUAGAUGAACACUUGAAUGAUACGCUAUUUCUAUCAAAAGCUCUGGAUGCUACAGAUGACGAAGGUCUGCUGCAUCUAUUCGGUUCCCUGCGUGGACCUUUCGCUUUCUGCUACUGGAACAAGGCAAAGAGACAUCUCUGGUAUGGCAGAGACAUUCUCGGCAGACGUUCUCUACUCAUCAAGCACACAAAGGAUGGCUUCAUUCUUAGCUCAGUCGCUGGUCGAGACCCUUCUUGGAAGACUGUCGAGCCGGGGCUCUAUCGAUUCGAUGCAACGUCUGGCAAGACAGACCUCUUUCCCUGGCAGCCUUAUGACUCUGACGGCCCUCUUGCCUGCUACUAUCCACCAGUCAACCCGACAAAGAUACACAUCGACCUGCCCCUUGAUGACCAUCAUCUCGAAGCGCUUGAACGCCACAUCCAGCAAGCAUUGAAAGUGCGUGCGGCCUCCCUUGCAGACAGAGAUCUAGCCAUCAUGUACUCCGGAGGCGUCGACUGUGCAGUCUUGGCCUACUAUGUCGACACUCUCCUCCCGCAUGACAUAUCCGUCGACCUCAUCAAUGUCUCCUUCGAGAACCCCAGAAGUCUCAAGGGCUCAGUAGAUCUCUACACCACACCAGAUCGUCUGACGGGUCUACAAGGAUACAAAGAGCUCAGGCAACGCUGUCCACAUCGUCAUUGGCGCUUUGUCUGCGUCAAUGUUCCUUAUGCAGAAGCGCUUGCCGCAAAAGAGACUGUCUUGGAGCUGAUGUACCCGAAUGAAUCUGUCAUGGAUUAUUCUAUUGCUCUAGCCUUCUACUUUUGCGCUCGUGGCAAGGGCUUUGUCGAUGACGAAGCAUACGAGACGCAAGCCAAAGUCUUCAUUAGCGGGUUGGGCGCCGAUGAACUGCUCGGUGGGUAUAGCCGCCACAAACGCGCCGCAGAACAAGGUCACGAUGCACUGAUUGCAGAGCUGCAGCAGGACCUCGAUCGACUUCCCUCUCGCAACCUUGGUCGUGAUGAUCGCGUCAUUAGUCAUUUCGGAAGGGAAGUACGCUGGCCUUUUCUAGACGAGUCGCUUGUACGACACCUGGCUGCAUUACCAGUUUCUGUCAAGAUGCAGCACGCCGUACCUGGUGGCGAUAAGCUGCUGUUGCGUCAACUUGCCAUCAAGAUUGGCUUGCCAAAGGCAGCAGCUGAAGCGAAACGCGCUAUUCAGUUUGGUUCACGCAGCGCCAAGAUG